CUUGACUGCCUUUUUUGUUUGCGUCGCCUCUCCGAGUCGCGCUAAAAUGACGUCAGUCUGAAGGAAAAUAACCAAUAUGGCGGCGCUACUGAGAGCUGUUCGUGCUGGACGGGCACUCCGAGGGCUGGGCAGCGUUGUGACGGCACCAGCAGCAAAACCUCAGUGUGUCAAUGUCAAACGAGGCUUCCAUCGUGCAGCGCUGAUUCUUCAAGAUGAAUCCAAAUCCAACAAACACGUUGGUCAAGACCCAAGAGCAGGGACGACCCAGGGAGACUCGACAUGUAACACACACGCUGACGAGUCUACCAGAGCAAACAGCAGUUACCAGGACGAGAGUGAAGAGCAGGAUGAGGAGUAUGAAACGGAGGAGCAGCUUCAAGGGCGUAUCCUGGCUGCUGCUUUGGAGUUUGUCCCGCAGCAUGGCUGGACACUGGAGGCCAUCGCGGCUGGCGCUGAGACACUGGGCCUGUCGUCCGCGUCCACCGGCAUGUUUUACAACGGAGCUGGAGACUUGGUGCUGCAUUUCGUUGCUCAGUGCAAUUCUCAACUGGCCGAGAUCCUCGCUGAACAACACAAGCAGGUCCAGCUGGGACAAACAGAACCAAAGAAGACUGCUGACUUUCUAAGAGAUGCAGUGGAGACCAGACUUCGGAUGCACAUCCCCUACAUAGAAACCUGGCCACAGGCGAUGAGCAUCCUGCUACUGCCUCAUAACAUCCCUGAAGCGCUGAAACACCUUUCCACCUUAGUGGACGACAUCUGGUACUACGCCGGAGACCGCUCCACAGAUAUGGACUGGUACAGAAAAAGAGCAGCGCUGACUGGCAUCUAUAACACCACUGAGCUGGUGAUGCUGCAGGAUUCUUCCCCAGACUUCCAGGACACUUGGAUCUUCCUCGACAACCGCAUUCAGGAUGCAGUCAACAUGGCCACCUCUGCCAAACAGGUGCAGUCAACAGGUGAAGCGGUAGUGCAGGGCCUCAUGGGUGCUGCUUUAACUCUGAAGAAUCUGUCUGGAAUCAACCAGAGGCGAUGAUGCCAAGCAUCUUCACAAGACGGAUCCCAACCUCAUUGUUUUGACAUUAAAAGUGAAAUGAUAUAGUCCACAGACCUGAUAUGACACGUGCUUUCUGGCUGAAUCAUUGCAAUAUUUACUUAAGGUCAGAUCCUUUCAGUUCUUCAAUAAAGUAAAUAUUAUAUAUUUAA